UGGAACUUGUGUAGGCUUUUAAAUGGAUGACGUGACGAAGGCUUAAUAGUUAAAUACCCACUAACAAAACUUUAUUUGGUUUUGGUAAUCCCGCAAGUUUUACAAAUAUAUUGGUGAAUGUUACCUCUGACUCCAUUAAAAUCUAUACAUUUCCUCCUUUAGAGUAGAUAGGACAGUUGUAGGAUAACUGGUUUAUCCACCUCGUCUGCACUUGGGAGUGGCCACUAGGCUCAUGUUUAUGUGAAGCUGUAGGACUCUACAUUUGUUUCCUAGAAGGACAAGAAGUCAAGAAGUUAUAAAGUCCUAUGACAUCUGGGAAAUGAAAUCCUCUUCCACAGACUUCACAAUUAAGGAGCCUCUUCCAUCACAGAGACCAGAUAACACUGCAUUUACUCAGCAGCGACUCCCAGCAUGGCAACCACUACUCUCUGCUAGCAUUGUUAUUCCUUUCUUCUUUUUUGCUGGCUUAUCUUUUAUAGCAAUUGGCUUAGGUUUAUACUACUCCUCAAACAGCAUUAAGGAAAGUGAGUUUGACUACACUGGUGCUGUGCUUGGAGACUACUGCUAUAAUUGCAGAAAUGAAUCAAGAGGUUGCACAUGUAAUGUCCCAUUUAACAUCACAGAAUUCUUCCAGGGACCUGUUUGUAUGUAUUAUGAGUUGUCUAAUUACUACCAGAACCACUAUCGUUAUAUGAUCUCCGUAGAUCCAAAGCAACUUGGUGGACUAAUUGACAAUCUAAAGGCCCCCUCUAAUUACUGUUCUCCAUAUCAGUGGGAUUCAAAAAAUUUGCCAAUAGCUCCAUGUGGUGCUGUUGCAAACAGCAUGUUUAAUGAUGUCAUUUCAUUGCACUAUAAGGACAAUGGAACAUAUGUUGAAGUUCCACUGACAAGAAAAGGCAUCUCAUGGUGGUCUGAUUAUAAUGUUAAAUUCCAAAAUCCUACAAACGGCAAUGAAACCUUAGCUCAAGUCUUUAAUGGUACAGCAAAGCCUUCAAACUGGCUAACUCCUGCAUACAAUCUUUCUGAUGAUCCGUCUAACACAGGGUUUAUAAACGAAGAUUUCAUUGUUUGGAUGCGAAGAGCAGCUUUGCCUUCUUUCCGGAAGUUAUAUCGUAGAAUCGAGUCUGGGAAUUUUACAACAGGUCUACCGCCUGGGGAAUAUCUGCUGAAAAUUGUAUACAAUUAUCCUGUACUAAGCUUUGAUGGACGAAAAAAGAUUGUGUUCAGUAGCCUCUCUUGGAUGGGAGGAAAAAACCCAUUCCUAGGCAUUGCCUACCUUGUAUUUGGUUCUUUGUGUACUUUGUUUGCAAUUGUAAUAUUAAUUAUAUUUCUGAAAACUUCACAAAAGGAUGAUGAGGACGAGGACAGCAAUACAUUAUAGACUUAAAAAUUAAGUUAAUAUUGCAUCCUAUGUUAUUUCUUCUAUUCAUGAACAAUCUAGACUCUAUAUCAUACAUUUCCAAGCCAUUAUUAAACUGUUAAGAAUGUUUCCACAUGCCAAAAACAAAGACUUUAAAACCAGAAAAAUUUCAGGAGGACCGUUUCACUGCAAGGCAAUACUUUUCAAAACAUUGGUUGCUUUUUCAAAACUUUGAUUAUCUAGAAGUCAUAUCUAUUUUGACGCACAUUAUUAUAAUAUUCUUAUUACUGUCUACAAUCAAAGUUGUGAUCCUUUUUAAUUAGAAUUACAUUAUUGCUAUUUUUUAAAUACAUUUCUUUAUUUAAUCGUUAUUUUGUACACUAGAUAAAUGGUUAAUGCAUUUCUUUGGUUUUCCUGGUGUUUAUAUUUGAUUAAAUAAAACAUAUUUAUAUUUAAA